AUGGUCGCUAAGGAAUUCCUCGACUCGGAUAGAGUCAACUUUCUUGUUUGGAGGUUCGUCACUGCACCACGUCCCCGACUUGCAAUCGCUGCGCCGGUCUCUCCUUCGCCCGUGUUUUUGGCUUCCCUGGAUUUUUCGCUGACCAUGUUUCUCUGCUUGCCUACAGAUUUCUUCUCGAAGGCAGUAUAUUAUCGAGAGACUGCCGCCAAAUUUCAGAAGGAAUGGGACGUCAAACAGCCUCACAGGGAUUUCGCCUUUGCGCGUCACGUCAAGAGCCAUGCAUUGGUUUCAGUCAUUAAUCGUGGCCUUCUUUACCACGCGCUUGAGCGUGAGCAUGCACGCAAUCUGCUGCCUCAGGAUGUUGCAGCGGAAGCAGCCGAGGCGCUGCAGGUCGGUAUUUUUGGACCACUGGACGCGCAUCCGCAGGGAAGAAUUGAAGAGGAGGAAGAGGAAGACGCUGAAGGCGAGGACAUUAUGGAAGAAGAUAUGUCAAGGAAACGAGCGCCUCAACCAUUCUCCAAUGAAUCACCGGCAAAGCGACAAAGGUUAAGCAACGGGUUAGAAAACGGCGCCGACGCACCGGCCAUGGCAUCAGUACCGGCAUCAGUACCAAUGGCGGCGUCAGCGACAGGGACAGCGACAGCGACGGGAACAGGAACAGGGCCAGGAACCAUAACAACAGCACCGGCGCCGGUGACGACACCUAUGGAAAUUGACAACCAGCCCGACAAUCAUGCAUAUCCUUCGCCUCUCGAGGGCGAGCAGGCGACAGAGCCAAUGGUGCGAACUGACGGUCCAGAACAGGGUACGCAGGUUGACAAGGUCGAGGAGCUGGCUCCAGAUACGACCUUUAUCCACUUGGCAGACGAAGGACAUGAUCAGAUCCAAGACGACGGCCGAAACGUAGCUACUCCAUCACCAACUUCACCUUCCGGGCCGGACAACGCUCCCAUCCUUUUGCAAUGCGAGUGGAGCCCAAGAGAUCCGUCAAUCCUGGCGGCUGCUGGCACAGAUGCGCUAGCGCGUGUUUGGACCGUUGCGCGUGCGGGCUCCGUCGAGCCGGGUCAAGAUCACGUGUCACCCAAAGGUCACUCCAUGCUUGGCCGUGAUGUGCCCCGCGAUACGACAGUAACGGCCCUGUCGUGGACCACAGAUGGCGCUGCCAUUGCAGUAGCGGUAGACUCCAAUAACCAGGCUUCAAUAAAUGUGUGGUCAGUUGAGGGCGCACUGCUGCAUUCGAUGGAAGUAUCAGAAUCGCCCAUCAUCAAACUCUCAUGGAACCACAACAACACCGCCCUCCUCGCCAUAUCACCGGAUAAGGGUGGUGCUCUUGUCGCCGUGCACGACCCGCCCUCUGGAACUUCUCGCUCGUAUCUCCUCUCCGGCCAUGACAUCGCGGCCACACCUCUCGAUGCUGUCUGGACUGGAGACGCCGAAUUCUUGAUAUGUGGUGGUGACCUAAUGCUUUGCCUUCAAUGUACAGAUACCGCAAUUGUUCAGGCCAGGAAGUUCGAAACCAAGGAGGACGACAGCUUCACCCAGGUGCUCUAUGAUGGACGUUCAAGACUGGCAGCCACUUCUAGUGACAAGGGCACGCUUGAUCUUUGGGACGAGGCCGGACAAAGGAGAUCUAUCUCUGCCCAUCAAGGGGCCAUCACUACAAUGCAAUGGCAGCCUCUGCUCGACAACCAACAAGGAGCCGACGAUGAGCGACUCAUUGCUACGGGAGGUGACGACUGUGCAAUACUUAUCUGGAAUGCCCGGAAGCCCGAGAGUAAACCUAAAUGUUUCUUGACCAUGGAUUCGCCAAUUAUGAGACUUGCUUUUACACCGGAUGGCGCUUUUAUUGCAGGCGCAACGUCAACGCAAGUCUUGAUAUGGAAGGUCGGAAGCCAUGCAGUACCUCGAGCAAGCUGGAGCAGGCCAGUACACCCGGGCUGGCUGAGCCCCAAGGCUAACGCCGAGUCUGACGAGGAGGAUGAGCACUGCUUGUGCUGGGAUGCCGAUGGCCAGAAGUUAGCAUAUGGCUCCAACAGCAGGCUUGCUAUAAUCAACUUCCGCAGAUGA